UGUAUAUAAGGUGUUCCCUGUGAAAUCUUCCACAUUGUGCAAAAGUUCUCGGUGAAUGAAAAUGUACUCCUGGAUUCUUGUAGCGGCGCUCGCGCUUCUGCGUGGAGUGUCUGGUCAGUUCGGCAUCUGUGCGGAGAUGUGCGUGGCCGGAGGGUGUCCAGACGGUCAAGCCUGUCUGUCCAACGGCUGUGGUCACACCUGUCAGGACGUCCCGACAACCACCGUCGGACUGGAGCAGUUCUGUCCGGACACGACCGGUAUGAUCGGGAUCUGUGUGGAGGGCUGCGGGUCCUUCAGCUGGGGCGGGGACUGGGCCCUGCAGAAGUUUGGCAACUGUCCCGCAGGCCAGGCGUGCUGCUCUAACGGCUGCGGACACGUCUGCAUGCCCGUACAGCAACACCGGGUGAUCCCAGCUGGUCGUCAGGACUUGGCCGAUCUUAUCCAGGAUUUGACCGACCUCCCCAUCAUGUGCGCUCUGUACUGCCCUUGCGGAUAUAGCGGGCCCUGCAGCUGCCAGCAAUGCGUGCUGGAACCCCUGGAAGAAUUUCCAAACCUGCCCAUUCUGUCUUAAGAGAUGACACCCUUCAUCAUGACAUCCAGACAGGCAUGAAGAUAACAAGUACUGUUAUAAGAUAACAAGCUUCAUCGCAAUAAAUCUCAUACCUGUGUGAAAAAU